AUGUGCGCAAAAAAAUUUAAUGCAUAUUUUGAUCCAUCAAGUUUUUUCUUUGGACAAUCUCGUAAACGUGGAUUACCAAAGGUACCCGUAGAUGAAGAAGUUAAUGAAGAAUCUGGUUAUUAUAGUUCAUCGUAUGGUUCCGGCAGUGAAUCAAGUGAUGCACCUCUUCGUUUUAUUAUUAUUCGUCAUGGUGAACGUGUUGAUGUUAUGUUUGGGGCUGGUUGGACACAAAAAGCUUUUGAUCAUAGUGGUGCUUAUCAUUGUUUUGAUGCAAAUAUGCCACCAUCAUUACCACAUCGAACAAAUUGGGUUGAUUAUGAUGUUGAUACUCCAUUAACUGCAAAAGGUUUAUCUCAAUCAUGGAAUGUUGGUAGUGUUCUUGCUAGAUAUAAUUUACCGGUAACAGCUUGUUAUUCAUCACCAGCUUUUCGUAGUAUUCAAACAGCCGAUCGAAUACUUGAAGGCAUGAGUAGAAAAGGACAUGUUCCAUUACGACUUGAACUAGGUCUUUUUGAAUGCACAUCUUGGUAUGCACGAUCACCAAUUAAUUUCAUGUCCGAUGAAGAAUUACUUAAUGGUAAUUAUAACAUCGAUACACAUUAUCGUUCACAAGUAAGCGAUCUGCGAUUAUUAGAAAAUGAAUAUCAAUAUUAUGAUCGAUCGAAAGAAGCAAUGAAAAAAAUUAUUAGAUUACAUCGAAAAACAGGAGGUACGAUUUUACUUGUUGCACAUGCACCUAGCCUUGAAGUACUUACACGUCAUUUAAUGAAUGGACAACCAAGGCCUGAACGAUUAGCUGAACUUGCUGGAAAAGUUGAUUUCUGUAGUAUGACAGUUGUUGAAAGAGAAUCAUCAACAAAACCAUGGCAAUUUCGAUAUUCAUUGGAUGAACAAGCUAAUCAAGGUAUUUGGCAGCAACAACAAUUACAAUUACAACAAGCAAAUCAUGCAUUGAUUCCUUCGAAAAGUCAUACUCCAGCAGUACAAUCAUCAUCAUCAUCAUCACAUUAUCAACCACCAAAUACAUUUGCCAAUUUUUUAGCAAAGCCAUCAAAUUCAGCACAUCAACAUCAAUAUUUUCCACAGCAAGAUGCUUAUCCACCUUAUUUUGUACUAUAA